CCGGCUUCCAAUACUCAGCGCUCCACGCGGAGGGUCCCUACACCCUCAGAGCGCUUAGAGACUCGCGUUGCGCUUUUUUCACUGCGCCCUGUGCCUGGCUUGCCGCCGCCGAGCUCUUUAGCGCCGCCGUCACCGCUCCCGACCGACCUCAGAGACACUCUGCGCGUUCUCCUCGUUCUCCUGCGCCGCCAUGGCCGCGGCGGAGAGCUCUGAAAGCUCUGAAGACGAAACACUGCCCGUCGCGCAGCUGCGCAUCGUGCGCCCCGCCGGCCGCGGCGCGACCGACCUGACGCUCCCGUUAAAUGCAAGGGUCGCCCUCGUCAAAGUAAAACUAGAAGACGAACUGGGCGUGCCCGAGGCCGACCAGCGCCUCAUCUACGGCGGCAAGGUUUUAACAGACGCGCAGACGCUCGAAGACAUCGUAGGAGCGAAAGAGGGCCGCCAGACGUUCCACCUCGUCGUCCCGCCGCCGCCGCCGGCCCCGGCGCCGCCGCCCGUGGACUUGGAUACAUCGCCGGAGGCCCAAGCGCCGGCCCCGGCGACGCCGCCGCGGCCAACAGCCGUCGCUCCGCAAGCGACGCCGCCGCGACAACCACAGACAACUCCAAUCACCGUCUCACCAGCAGCUAGGGCCUACGCCGAGGCCCUGCGCAACUCGGGCUUCGGAGCGUCACCACGGGACGCGACGCGGCAAUUUGUCGAAGACGCGAGACGCGCGCUCGCGGCUUCGCAACCGCCCGCCCAGCAACAGCCAGAACCGCAGCCGCACCUCUGGGACCAUAUCCGAGAUAACGAGUUCUUGGAUUGGACGCUGAUGCUCAAAUUGCUAGCGGGAGUCGCGUUGUUAGGUCAAGAUGCCAGUCGAGGUAGAGUUGCAGGUCUAAUAGGCGCGGCGACCGCUGCUUAUGCUGUCCAAACGGGCCUAGCCUACGCAUUGUGGGAGCUUUUUUCUUCCUCAAGACCUCAAAGAAGGCGCUCUUCGCAAGGUUAUAGGGUGCGGUCCGCGGGCGAGAUUAUUCGGGCUUCGUUUGAUGGUACGAUCCACGGGCCUAGGGAUGGUGGUAGAUUGGCGGACUUCGGGCUGUUGGUGGCGUCCUUGGUAUUGUCACUGGCGCCGCCGUGGCGGCCGCGCGACCGCGCCGACGUUUUAUUAUUACGCGUGCGCGACUCGCUAUCGAACCAGAUCGUCUGGUUCAAGGUCAAGACCACCACAAAAUUCGGCAAAGUGUAUCGGGCCUUCGCCGCGCGGCAGGCCGGCGACGGGCCGCAAAGGGCGUGGAUCUUUAGCGUGCCGGGCUCCACUGAUCCUAUCUCGGAGGACGCGACGCCCCUUGAAUUAGGAUUGACGCCAGAGUCGAUCCUUGAGGCGCGCCCGGCGCCCGCCGACGCGGCCGCGGCGCCCGCCGAGCCCGCGGCCGCUGCGGCGCCACCCGCCGAGCCGGUAGCCGCCACGUGA